CCGGAAGGUAUUGUAGAGAAGGUUCGGUGUUGGAAUAUUGAAGUUAAUGGGUUAAUCGUCGGAACCGUUGUUCACCGGAGUAUUCAAAUUUCUGGACAGCAACUUUCUCCUAACUUCAGAAUCAAACGGUUUGCAAUUUCGUGAAGAAACGAUGGAGAUAUGCCCAAAAUACCGCAGGCUGUCCAGUUGUGACGGAAAUGACAAAGUUGGCAAAUUCCAAUGUUGUUUCCACUCCCGCUCAUCCGUAAGCCGAAUCUACCGUGCGAUGGGGAAGGAAGAGCGGCGACGGCGGCGUUGGCGGAGCUCAGCGGCACUGCUGCUGCUGGCUGACGGGACGACGAAGGAGAAACAGACGCAGAGCAGGGACACGAACGGGAAGAAACGGAUGGAUGGUAACAAGAAGACAAUGAUGAAACCACUCCCGGAGGACAUUGAGCCAGAGGAGAUGCAAGGAUGGCAGGCAAAUGUUUGAUCAUCAGAUUUUAAAAUGUGUCAUGAUUUGAUUAAUAUUGUACUUCCGCAUUACUCUGAAAAUAUUUUUAAAUGGGUCGCGAUCCAGAGUCUGUAAAUUU